AGGCUGUGCAACACAAAACAUUCAUACAAUACAAUACAAUACCAGUUCAAAAGCAUCAUCAUCAUCAUCAUCUAUAUGGCUUCUUGGAAGAAGACCAUCACAACCCCAUUCAGGAAAGCUGCCAAGGUCUUCAACCAGCAGCCAAGCACCAGAGACCAGAAGAAGUCUCAGCUUCAAGGUAUGCAUACAUGUCUAUCAUCAUAUUGUACAUCUUCAUGGUAGAUAUAUGUGUGUGUAUAACUAUAUAUAGAUUCAAUGAGUCAUUGAGUAAUCGUAUUCCAUUAAUAUUAUGUGGAACAGGGAAUGAGAACAGUGUGACUGCUCUGCAAUGUGAAGUGAUGGCUUGUGGUUAUGAAGAUGUUCAGGUCAUGUGGUCUAUUCUGGACAAGUCCAACUCCUCAGCCUGCAACAUCACUUCUUAACAUAAAAUAGGAGCUAAGCUAUCACCCAGUUUAGCCUAGUAUCUAUCUAGUAUUCUAGUUACCCCCAAAAAAAGAAAAUUACCCAAAAAAGAGAAGAUCCACUUCAGCAAUUGGCAUGUAUUUCUGUGUAUGCCAAUUGGGUCAUCAUAGUUUUGCUUGCAUAUCACACUGGUGAGUGUGCAAGUGUUACUUGUAGAUAGUGAUUUGUGUUGGGAUGAUGAUCUUGUGCUUCAAAAACUGUGGUGGCAAGAAGGAACCCAACUGA